CCGAGAUGCAAACAGCGUCCAGAAUUGACACUUCCCCCCGCAUCGAUUUCAUCGCUCGCCUGCGCGACUGCAACCAUGGAGUUCGACCAGCAUGUGGUGGCCAAGCAGGAGCAAAAGGCAGCGGUUUGGCUGAGGCUUUGGUCGAGCCGCUCCCCCGAGAUUUUAUCCAUGCAGUUGGCGCAGAAGCAUCGGCCAGGAAAACCCACGUCUGCAUGCCUGUGGAAGAGUGGCGCUUUCAACAUUUGCUAUCGGGUCAGAUAUGACGAAGGGUCAGAUGUUAUUGUUCGUAUCGCGGCCCUUGGCCGAGCCAUCCUUCGCAGGGAAAAAGUCCGUAACGAAGUGGCAACCAUGAGAUACCUCUCGCACACCACGUCGAUCCCGGUUCCGGAGGUGUUCGGUUCCGGGAUCUGUUGGGCAGGCCCCUACAUUGUCAUGUCAUUCCUCGAGGGCAUGCCGCUCUCGCAGGUGCUUAAAGAUCCUUCUGUCGAAGGACGGCCAGUCUUGAACCCCCAAAUAAGCGAUCGGAGCCUGAAGCGGGCUUAUCGUGAGAUGGCCGGGCUCAUCCUCGAAUUGUCCAAGCAUGAAUUUGACACCAUUGGCGCGCUGGAGGAGACUGAAAGGGGCUUGUCGAUCACUAGGCGUCCUCUCACCUUCAACAUGAAUGAGUUAAUGGUGUCUGCAAAUCUGCCCGAAGAAGUGUUUCCCUCGCACACCUUCAGCUCAGCCACGGACUACUUUCAAGCACUCGCUAGGCAGCACCUCUCCCAUCUUCGGUUACAGGAACACGAUGCUGUUAGCAGUGAGGAGGACUGCCGGAAGAAAUUCACCGCUCGUUGUUUAUUUCUGAAUAUCACGAAGAAGCUUGGCACCGAGCAUACCCAGGGGCCGUUCCGGCUAUAUUGCGAUGACUUCCGUCCUUCCAACAUCCUGAUCGACCUUGAUACCACCCGCGGCUUCCGUGUCUCGGGAGUGAUUGACUGGGAGUUUACAUAUACUGCGCCUGCUGAAUUUAUACAGGUAGCUCCUUGGUGGCUUUUGUUGCAAAGCCUAGAGGACUGGGAGGGCGAUCUGAACGAGUUUCUCAUUCGUUAUACUCCCCGACUUCAUACCUUUCUGGAAGUGCUAAGCGACUGCGAAAACAAACUGAUAGAACAGCAUCUUCUCUCCGAGUCGCAGCGCCUCUCCCCACGGAUGGCGCUCUCUAUGGAGACCGGGCUAUUCUGGGUAUGCCUAGCAGCACGGUACAGCUCCAUGUUCGAUGAAAUUUAUUGGUCAUUUAUCGACCAGCGGUAUCAUGGAGCUUUCAUCUCUCUUGAUGCCCGUAUGCGGCUUUUGGAUCCUGAACAGCAGCGUGAGAUGGAUGAGCUUGUGAGGCUCAAGACGGCCCAGUGCGCCACGGCGCAGGAGGGGUUCAAUGACCACUAUCCAAUCGAUCAACUACUUGAACUGUGAUUGAAUUUCCUGCGCAUCGAAUGGUGAAGUGUGAUGGCCUCGGAGCCAUUAGCGCUGUCACCUACGGGUGAGUAGUAUUCAGCCUCCUCUCCAGUUGACAGUAAAGCGCGUGCUGUUGAUUGAUAUUCGGAAUCGGAUUUGGAGCAGUUGCUGCAGAGCAAGAGCAUGCCGGGCAUCAGCCCGGGUUGUCAAGAUUUAAUAACCGCCAGUCCUAGCCG